AUGUGCAAGCCACUCCGGCCACCAAAUGUGGACAAACUUUAUGCCAACCAACCGAGUCAUGUUUGGUUUAUUCAAUCCUAUCUGAGCAAAACGGCUAGAGAAAUUCCUGAAAAUGAUUACCUAACGUGCCCGGUCGGGGUACUGCUCCUGCUCACCACGCUUCUCGGUUCAGGGGCAGCGCGUGCCGACACCGGUUCACAAAUAGCUCAAACACUACGACUGAGGGCCCAGAUGGAGCUCAAUGACUUACGCUAUGCUCGAGAUGAAGCACGCUCACUCUAUCGAAUGAUCCAUUCGGAAAUGACUUCGGCUCAAACGUAUAUGGACAAUUAUAGGGUACCGAUCAUACAUGUUUCCAACGGGAUAUUCAUUAAAGAAGGUUAUCAUCUACAGACCGAGUUCCGUCGCAGCAUUCUGGACGAAUUUCACGGUCAAGAGAGAGAACUGAAUUUUCAAAAUCAAUCACACGCGGCGAAAGAGAUCAACUACUGGGUAAACACCGAGACAAAGGGAUUGAUCCCACGUUUCUUCCGCUCGCCCGAUGAACUUCCCCGUGAUUCGCGUCUGGUUGUGUUCAAUAUUUUUACUUUUAAAGAAAGUUGGGCCAGACCAUUUGCUCCUUAUUCAACUGUCGUGGCUGACUUUUGGAUCAAAGAGGGUCACGCGAUUCGGGUGCCAAUGAUGAGCACCGUGGAAAUGGUGGACUAUGCCGAUUUCUCAGACCGUGGAUUUACUCUGAUUCGAAAACGAAUGAAGCCAACACAAAGCCGCCUGAUCGAUACUUUCACAUUCCAAAUGUUUUCCCAUUCAAUAGGAAUAACAACAACUGAACGACUUUACAUCAGCAUGCUUCGACAAGGAACCGUGCUCAAAGUGGACGAGACCGGAAUCGAAGCUGCGGCCGCGACUGCCGUGGUCACCGUGCCCACAUCAGCCCUACGUGCGACAGUCGACUUCCACGUGGAUCAACCAUUCGUUUGUUUCCUCUAUGAUGCAGAAUUGCAAAUCCCAUUAUUGGCCGCCAGAAUUGCCCGACCGAUGGGUGGCUAG